GCUGCGUGCAUCACGCUUUACGCUCGUGUCCCAGAUGGCCUAUUACUCCGGCCACUGUGGCGAGCAACAUCAUGGGCGACUUGCAUAGUCACAGGACAAGGUCAUCAGGAAUCCAGCAGUUAGGGACCGGUGUCCUCCGGCAGCGUCAUGGUAUCGCCCGAGAGCGUACAAAUAGCCGAAGGAGAAGUGCCCUGGCCCUUGCAAAUCAACUCAAUGGCGGGUUCAAGGAUGUUCUGGUCAGCAUCGAUCUUCGCUCUCGCGCUCUUCGUCUCUUCGACGACGGCCCAGGUCUCGGUUUGGGGACAGUGUGGUGGGACCGGCUACACUGGCGCCACCACAUGUGCCUCCGGCCUAGUCUGCACGGAGCAAAACGAAUACUACUGGCAAUGCCUUCCAGGCACCGCUAGCACGACCGUAGGAUCGACGACUUCGACGAGCCGCACGACAACAUCUUCAACAACGAGUGCAAGCUCGCCAGCAUCAACGUGCCUCACGGUCGACACGACCUCGCACUGCGGCCAGUGGGACAACAUUACCGCUGGUCCGUACUCGCUCCUGCUCGACCAGUGGGGCUCAGGCGGCGCGAGCUCGGGAUCGGACUGCGCAUCGCUCACGUCGCUCUGCGGAUCGACCAUCGCGUGGACGAACACCUGGACUUGGACAGGCGGAACGGGCGUCAAGUCGUUCACGGACAUCAUGCUCAACCAAGGUCUCAACAAGCAGCUCACUGCCAUCAAGAGCAUCCCGUCCACCUGGACCUGGUCGCAGAGCUCGACGGGCACCGUCGUGGCCGACGUCGCGUACGAUCUCUUCACCUCCGCAACACCCGGUGGCUCCAACGCGUACGAGAUCAUGAUUUGGCUCGCGAACUACAACGCAGGCCCGAUCUCCUACACGUACGGGUCAGAUGGGAGCCCGACGCCGGUCGCAAGCAAUCUCUCGCUCGGAGGGCACACGUGGAACCUGUACUAUGGUUCGAAUGGAUCCAACUACGUGUACUCGUUCCUACCGACGAGCGGGACGAUCACAAGCUUCAGCGCGGACCUAAACCUGUUCCUGCAGUACUUGUCGACGAGCCAGACGCUUAGCUCAUCUCAGUACCUGACGACCGUGCAGGCGGGCACGGAGGCGACCAGCGGCUCGGCGACCCUCACGACGACCGCAUACAGCGUCGUCGUCAACUGACCGUGAGAAUAUUGGGAUACUCCCGACGAUUCGUCCUUGUCCCUGACUUCGUUGUGUGCUUCAUGUACGGGAAUGAACAUAGUGCUGUCCGCGCCUCAGUGCAAUCGGUCCGCUGCGGAACGCGCUCUCUCCCAUGACUGAAAAAUACGUGCGCCUGCCGAUGUACC